AUGGCUGAAGGACUGGCUACAUGGGAUCCCAAAGUACCUCAUUUACGAGGCGAGCCAACUGACGACUUAAUUGAACUAUAUCGCCGAUGGGGAGAGGGUGGAUGGGGUAUGAUUGCUACCGGCAACAUCGAUACGUCUUUUGAUGCUUUAGAUGACAUCGGUGAUAUGAUUAUCACUACCAAAUGCGAAUUUCGUGGACCACGCUUUGAGAAAUUCCAAGAACUGGCCAAAGGAGCAAAGGCCCAUGGAAGCUUCAUCCUUGGCCAAAUUAGUCAUCCAGGAAGACAGGUUCAAUAUCGUUUGAGCAAAGAAGCCAUAUCCGCGUCAGAUGUGCAACUUGAGCCAAAGAUGGACAUGAUGUUUGGAAAACCUCACGCUGCUAGUAAGGCAGAAAUAGAUGAAAUAGUUGAGGGUUUCGCAUAUGCUGCUGAGUACCUGGAGAAGGCUGGUUUCGAUGGAGUUCAACUUCACGGGGCGCACGGUUACCUCAUCUCACAGUUCUUAUCUAGACGAACAAACAAACGAACGGACGAAUAUGGAACUCAGACAGUCGAGAACCGCCUACGCUUUAUUACUGAUAUUGCUAGAGCUAUCCGUAAACGUGUUUCGCCUCAUUUUAUCGUCGCAUCCAAACUCAAUAGCGUUGAAUUCCAAGAUGCAGGAGUGACGGCGGAAGAGGCUCAAGAAGUUUGCAUAUGCCUUGAGCGAGAGGGGUUUGACUUUGUUGAGUUGAGCGGAGGUAACUACGAGAGUUUCGGACUAAAGUGGGAAAAAGAGUCGACACAAAAGCGCGAAGGAUUCUUUCUGAAAUGGGCAAAGAUCAUCAGUGAUGGCCUGAGCGAAGACAGCAAGCUCAAGCUGUAUUUGGUCGGCGGUCUUCGGACAACCGCUGCGAUGCUGGAAGUUUUAGACAUUGUUGACGGGGUUUCGUUUGCGAGACCAGCAGCUGCAGAACCCGAUUUUCCUCUCAAGGUAUUGAAAGAGGGCGUCACAGGAUCUAUUAAGCCAGUGGACGGCUACGACAGCAUUGGCGGCAACUUUGCUGUUGAUCUCGGCAUAGCAAAGGCGCAACUUACACAAACUGCUCGUGGCUAUGAGCCAAUCGACUUGAGUGAUGGAGAGGUUGUGAAGAGUUUUCAGCAAGACAUUGAUAAGUGGUGGAAGAAUGUGGUGGCUGAUGGUGAUAAGCUCAAGUAUAUACGUGCGCCUGAAUAUUCGGGCCCGCUGAAGCUACACGAGUAG